GAAUCACUUCAUCACUGAAAAUAUUGACAAAGGCGUUACAAAUUACAAGUUCACCAGUUGAUACUUAGGUAACGCUCUGAGCAGUCUAUUCUCCUUUAACGUGUCAUUGGAAAAAUAUUUGUGCUCUGUUCAGUAUGCACGUAUAAAUCCAUUCUCCUAAGAAAAGAAGAAGAAGAGAAUCACUACGAAAACCAUUAAUCAAAACAAGAAGGUGGUAGGAAGCAAGGAAGGUAGAGAGAAGAGUGGACUAGUGGAGAAGAAACUUUUCAUUAAAGGAAUUGCAUUAUACCAAUGUAUUGCAUGAGAGGAGGGUUUUAUUCAUUAUAAAAGUUGUGGUAAAUAUUUAAAAAUGGAAGACAAUGUACAUGAUUGUUGCCGCAUCUGUUUGGACGUUGAAUCUAGGCAUGUUUCGAUUCUGGACGACUCGACAAUAAACCUGCAUAUAAAAUCAUGCCUUCCCAUUAAUAUAUCUGUGAAUGAUGAUCUCCCUAAGUCCAUAUGCGAGUCCUGUGUGUCUCAAUUAAAAGAGUUUUAUAAUUUCCAAUUGAACGCUCGUUGUUCACAAGAUUGGUUAGAAUCCUGUGUUCAGGAAAAGUCUAAAAAAUCUAUAGAAUCCAAAACGCAAGUCCACCCGCUACCUGAUUCCGAGUACAAUUCUGACUCGCUUCUAGAGUUUCUCAAUAACACUGAAAAUAUAGAGGAGUAUUUAAAUAACUUGGGAAAAGAAGAUAUACCAUCUAUCGUGAAUAUGUUAGACAGAACUGUAGGUACAGAGGCAAAUAAAAUAGUUAAUGGCAAAUCAUUGAAUCAACUAAGUCCCAAGAAAUCACCAAAUAAAACACAAACAACAAAAAUGGAUAUUGAUGUUUUAGAUUCGGACAUUAAAAUAGUUAAGGAGCUAAUGAAGAAAGCUGUUCCAAAGAAUGAAACGAAAAGCAUUGAGAAACUAUCUUGUUUUGCUUGCAAAGCUAAAUUAGAUACGAUACAUAAGCUAUCGCAACAUUUAAGCAUAUGUGAUAAUGCAAUAAGGACUUGCAUUUACUGUAACAUAUUAUUCGAUUCAAAACAAAAAAUGAGAGAACAUGCCCUAAUACAUUCUGCUUUUACACCUCUCACAUGUAACUGCGGUAAACAAUUUGAUACUAAAGAUAAUUUACUAAAACAUUGUAAGAGAUGUGAAACUGAUCACAUUGCCUCUAUGGGUUUCGUUUAUUCAUGUAAGCAGUGCAAGGCAACGUUUAAUGAAUGGCUCCAGAUGUUUCAACAUGCUAAGGAACAUGUGAGGAAGUCAGAAGAAAGGAUAUGUGAUAUUUGUGGACAUACAUUUAUAGGCGAGGAGUCCAUAGCUAAACACAGGAAAGAGAAACAUGAGAAACCAGAUAAUCCGUUGUACAGGUGUAAAGUGUGUAGUUUCACAUCGCCGGACCGUAAGAAAAUAUUCUGCCAUGUACAAAAACACACACAGGCGAAAAGCACUAUAAGACAUUUGUGCGAAUCAUGUGGCCGUAGUUUCGCCAACCAAUCCGUGUUGAGGAACCAUUCUCUCCAACAUGCACCGAAGAGUCACAAAUGUCGUAUUUGUCAAAAAGGAUUUACUGAUAUGAAAUUGAAAGAGGAACAUGUAUUGGAGCACAUUGAAAUGGUGAUGUGCGAAAAAUGUGGCCAGUCUGUUAAAAGUUAUAAGUUGGCUGAGCAUGUUUGUCUCUAAUUUUGACCAAGGUCGUCCAUUUGGACCAAAGUUGACCAUUUGGACCAAAGUUGUCCAUUUGGACCAAGGUCGACCAUUUGGAUCAAGGUCACCAAAGGAAUCAUUAGUGUAAGCAAAUAAUAAAAUUAGAUUAAUCACAUUGAGAAACCAAUCAAUCACUAAUACUUGCAUCAAAGAACCACAAAUAUCCAAUUUGGAAUUUACCUAUUUGAAAUUGAGAUACAUACAUCUCUUGGCCUAUAGCAUGGUCAAAGAUGAUGUGCGAAAAUUGUGGCCACUCAGUUAACAGUUAUAAAUGGGCUGACCAUGCACAUAAAUUUAAAUUGGCUGAAUAUCUGUUGAUCAUAAAAAGGGUCAUUUACAAUACGAAAAUAUACUGCUUGCAAAAUAAAGUCUAGAUUCUUCAGGUCAAAAAAUGUUAGGAGAUUGUACAGAGCAGAAGAAACCUGCAGAAUAUGUUUUGUGAGAACCGAUUUACCAGAAACGCACUACAAAACCAAAACUUUCAAUUUAUGCCAAAUGUUUAUUUAUGAAAGCUUCCCAAAAUAUUCACUCUGAAAUUCUGAAACCGCUGUAAUUGUUAUAAACAAUAAAAAGUCAAGUUAAAAACAA